GUUUUCUGCUGUUGUACCAUUGCUGUUGGCGCUGGCGAAGAACCCCACGGUCGGCCCUGAGCAGAUUGUGAGAUGCCAGGCGGACGCCGCUGCCCCGACUGUGACUCCACAGAGCUCGUGGAGGACUCGCACUAUUCUCAGAGCCAGCUGGUGUGCUCCGACUGCGGCUGCGUGGUCACCGAGGGGGUCCUUACCACCACCUUCGCAGACGAGGGUAACCUCCGAGAGGUAGCGUAUUCCCGAAGCACAGGAGAAAAUGAACAAGUUAGUCGCAGCCAGCAGCGAGGUCUCUGCCGAGUGAGAGACCUUUGUCGAGUUCUGCAGUUACCAUUGACAUUCGAGGACACAGCAGUUGCCUACUACCAGCAGGCGUACCGGCUCUCUGGCAUUCGUGCUGCCAGGCUGCAAAAGAAGGAGGUGUUGGUUGGAUGCUGUGUCUUAAUCACCUGCCGGCAGCAUAACUGGCCCCUGACCAUAGGAACCAUCUGCACCCUGAUAUAUGCUGAUUUGGAUGUGUUUUCUGGUACCUACAUGCAGAUAGUGAAGCUUCUGGGACUGGAUGUACCAUCUCUGUGCUUGGCAGACCUAGUGAAGACUUACUGUAGCAGCUUCAAACUGUUCCAAGCCUCCCCGUCUGUGCCAGCCAAAUACGUGGAAGACAAAGAGAAGAUGCUGUCACGAACACUGCAGUUAGUGGAGUUAGCGAAUGAGACAUGGCUGGUGACCGGACGACACCCUUUGCCUGUCAUCACUGCGGCGGCUUUUCUGGCCUGGCAGUCACUGCAGCCUUCAGGACGUCUGACAUGUUCCCUUGCCCGAUUUUGUAAACUGGCAAACGUGGACCUGCCCUACCCUGCUUCAUCCCGCCUGCAGGAGUUGCUGACUGUGCUGCUGCGGAUGGCUGAGCAGCUGGCCUGGUUGCAGAUCCUGAAACUCAACAAACGGUCUGUGGUGAAGCACAUUGGGGACCUUCUCCAGCACCGCCACACCCUGGUCCGCAAGGCCUUUCGGGAUGCAGCAGGAGAGAGGGAGGCCUAUGAGAGGGAGUUGCAGGGGCAAAGACAGGGAGAAGAGGAGGUGGGGAAUAGUUCCUUAGAUUUGCCUGUGCGGAAGCGACCACCUAGUCCCGCCCUUCUCCUCCCGCCUUGUAUGCUGAAGCCCCCAAAGCAGCUCCGGCCCACACCUGCCGUCUGCACAGUCACUGGAGAUGAGAAUAUUUCCGAUAGUGAAAUAGAGCAGUACUUGCGUACCCCUGAGGAAGUUAGGGACUUUCAGAGAGCCCAGGCUGCUAGCCAGGCUGCCAAGAGUGUUCCUAACCCACUGUGAUGCACAUCCAGUAGGGGGCACUUCACCCCAUUCUGAUGGCAGCUUGAUAACAGGCCCUGUCGUAUCCAGAGAAGUGUGUAUGAGACCUUAGGUGUUAUCUUUCUUGUUCGAAGGAACCAAGAGGGGCUGUAUGAUUAGUUCGACUGCAGGUUCUGGAGUAGAACCCAGGAGGAUUGCAGGGAUGACCAUGGGUUGGAGAGGAACUCACAUCCUGUGUCAGAGAGCAAGUUACAUAUAUUUAUAGGCAAUAGGAUGCUUUCUUCUUAAGCGGCUGGGAAAUAAUCAGGCGCGCUCUUGCUCCCACGUUGAACUGGACACACUGCUGCUGAUGCUGCUGCGGGCCUGAUGGGGCUUCCUGCUGUUUGUGGAACUGUUGGCAUUUCAGAGGGGCAGGACCUGGGGGAACGCUCAACCCUGUAUCCCUUCACAGGUGUUGGUGGGUUUGUGUGUAUGGUGUCAUGAGAUCUUCUACCUCAUAAUAAAAAGGAUUGUGGCUGGACUAAGGCUAUAGCUCAAAGGACUUUGCAAAAUUUUAAUAUAUUAAAACAAGAGGCAUCUGCUAGAAAACAUUCUAUUGUAUAAAACCCGAGCUUUCAAAAACAUGUUUUCUUUGGCACUUUUCAUACCGUCCCUCCCCUCUCCCCAGCGUAUUGCAAAAAGCUCUCCAGUGCUAAGGCAUUGGCGGGGUACGUAAACAGCAGCCAGCAUAUGUGGAAGAAUAAUACAAAGCGUUUUUUUUUUUUCUUUCUAAUACUGUCAGUGCAGCAAGCAUAAAUAACAGGAUCCAUCCUAAGAAGUGUGGGCUUUCCCCCUCCCCUGCGCCCUCUUUCACCUUGUGAUUGGGCUGGGGUGGCAUGGAGCCUGGGAGGGGACCUGGACCUGGGCUUUCUGUUACUCUUCAACAGGCCCAAGGUUCCCUCCACUUUCGUUUGGCCCUACAAUAAAAGGCUGGUGGUUGCUUUUUAGGUUGGGGAAAUAUGGGUGCUGGUGUUUGAAAGUAGAAGGCACAGGCCCCAGCUGAGCUGCAGGGACCCUAGCCACUACUGCGGUGUUCGGCUUGGGCUUCUGAGUCAGGAAGCUGGUUUCAUGUGUUGGGGGUUUCUCCAGAACUGUGGAUCUAGAGAUUGAGUUACUGGGAACAGUACUUCCUUGUGGCCUCACUGAGGCGAGGAAGUGCUCUUACUCAGUCCCUUGGUGUUGGAAGGCUGAGAGUGGGGAUAUGGGUCUUGUAAUUGAACAAUAAGUGCUGCUCCCAAUACCACCCGCAGCCAUACAGUGGAGUCCCUCUUCAUUGUUUAUGGGACGAAGUUUAGGUCAUGACUAGAUCCAAGUACCAGCUCCCUCUACUUCCCUCAGACAAUCCUCAGACAUCUGGCAGAGUCAGCUUUUUAGGUCUAGGGCCUUAACCCUGUCAUGAAGUACCCCCUCAGCCUUGUGUAAGGUUUGUGUGGCACUCUUCAUGAGAAUGGUGUUUUUAUCCCUAAUUGUGCACUCUUUAUGCCAGCUACCCUUCCACAGGACUGGUGAUCUCCAAAGCUGCCUUUCACACUGCCCCAUCUUCCCCCCUUGCAUAGUUAACCUGAAAAGCAGCACCUUACUACCUCCCAUUAGUCCUUGUCACCUGGCUUAUCCACUAGGCUGGCUCUUCCCUUAUCAGCCAAAACCUGGGUAGGAGGGGUCCUAGGUCUUGGCACGGACUGGGCUGACUUGGAGGGCAGUGAGGAGAGAGAGAAGGCAGUCCCCAAACUCCAUCAUGUUAUUCUGAUAAGGCUGACCACCACCAAUGAGGCAGUGUGGAUGGACGGGGGAGUACCUAAGGAGGAGCCCACCUGGGCUGCGCUGUGCCCUUCCACCCUGCUCCUGGGUUACUACAGACUGACGGGACUUGUUCCGCCUACCUCUGUAGGCCCCAAUAACAUGGCCGCCAGAACUAGCCUGGGCUGGGACGGAAAUGUAUCACACAUAUGUUCUGGGAUUGUU